GCCACGUCACCAUUAAGAGACUUUCAUGUGUUUGUGUUUUUGUUUUAGAAUUGCGUAUGCCUGACAGUUGAGUAUUCAUCUUUUAUUUUUCGGUUGGUCUAAACGAUAUUUAUCUUGUAUUUAUUUUUUGUCUGUCUAAACGACUGUCUAUUCUACGAAAUGUUGCCAGCGGAGGGCUUUACGUGCUUCCCUGGGAAGAUGUGGGACAAAGUGUUGUCAAAGGUAAAGAAAGCAGUGGUUUUCAUGGACGACAAGUGUGCUGAAAGUCUUCACUGGAGUGGUGGAGCAAACAUUGUAUUUGAGGCUGGUGCUCGUAAUUUGAAACAGUUUUCGAGCUUUGAAGCCGGUGGUGAAAACGAACCAAAGGCAGUGUUUGUGGUGAGCACUCUGCUGAAGGGAAGAACAGCUGACAUUAUGAAAGACAUCAUUGGCCUCAGUCACUUCCAGUACUGUGUUGUUUUCACCACCGUGGCCCACUCCAUACACCUCAUCGCUAACAAUGUCACUGCUGAGUUAGAGGGGAACCCUGUGUUCGAAAAGUUUGAAGAGAAACUUUGCGAGUGGAUGGGAGACAUGAACUACACUGCGGAAGUAAUGCACGCACCGGUGGUCUUUACUCGCGUGUCACAACAGCUCCUUCUCGUGCCCACCUUCGCACACCUGUUUCCGCUGCUUCCACAGGACCUCGACACCAUCAAUAUAAAGCGACCUGAGAAGAAAAGGUUUGGCAGCCUGACUGAUGUUGACAUGCCCUCUCUUACUCCAGAGUUGCAGAUUGAAAUUAAAUCCCUGGCUUCUGCGGUUAAUUCCAUGUUUGAGUUCACCAGCACCCGGGAGGAGAGCUUUGCUGUGGGUCCAAUGAGCCGUCUCAUCGCAGGGGAACUGGCCAAUCAUCCUCAAGCCAAAAACCGCAGAAAGACCUCCACCAAUAAAGCAUCCAUUGUCUUUAUUGACAGGACACUGGAUCUAACAGGUGCUGCUGGUCACCACGGUGACAGCCUGGUGGAGAAAAUACUGACUGUGCUGCGGCGUCUGCCAGGACACACAGCCGAUGUUCAGGUGGACAUGCUGGAGCUCACCAACCUACAGCGCACCCCUGACUGCCAGCCUACCCUGGCGCCAGGCUGCCUGGCACAGACCCAGUCCCCCACGGCCAGGUUGUUAUGGGAGACCAUGCUGGUCAGUAAGCAGAAGGAGGCUGUGAUGGAGGUCCGUAGACAGCUAGUGGAGGCUGCCAGCAAGGAGAACCUGCCAAUCAAGAUGAGUCUGGGCCGUGUGACCGCAGAGCAGCUGAGCUCCUAUGUGCAACUGUUCAGGAGUAACUGGGAGGCACUGGAGCGUCACUGUGAGGUUCUUCAGCUGGCCCUGGCCACCGCCCAAACCCUGCGCCACCCCACCCUGCCCCGAUGGGACACCUGCCUGGCCCUGGAGAGGCUCCUGCUGCAGGCCCUGGGAGACUCUGACUUUGCAGGGGUUCUGAGGCAGCUGCUACCCCUGAUGAAGCCUGCUGCUGCCCCCGCGGACCAGAAGCCCGUCUCAGGGUCCAGUUUAGGGUCUCGGUCCGGGGAGGACGAGUGCGGACCGGAUGAGCUCCUGGUGCUGUUAGUCUACCUGUAUUCCCUGGCUGCAGAGGCCCAGCCUGCGGACGAUGAAGAUGAGGAAGAGGUGGAGAAGGUGGAGAGGGAGCUGAUUGGUGCACUGACCCUGGUCAUCACCAGAGAAGCAGAGCUCAGCCCCCUUCUGCAGAAACUCACCGUUCCUCCUCCCUGUCUUCAAUCAUCCUAUCUGGAUUUUCCCCUCCCUGUCUUCGUAUUGGUCGCUGGAAGAGUUUGUGACUUUGAGUAAUAACCUCACUGUAGUGCUUAUUUGUUCUACAACAUUUCUGUCUUUAUUGAUCAAUGUCACAUUCAUUUUUCCAUCAUUUCAUUUUGUCAGUGAGCACAUAAUAAUGAAGAUGAUGAAACGUCAAUCUCCAAGAAUUAACAUAACAAAUGGAGAGAAAAAAGUCAUUCACUGCAACCAACCGUGAGCAAUUUAGGGUCGACUUCUUUGCUGAAGGACAUAUGUUUCAGCUUUCCACCUCAGGAAUAGGGUCUAACCAGCCUUGGGUUACAGGUCAGAAGAUCCACCUGCCGUCUUCACUAUCAAAGUCACACAAUCAUUUACAUAUAUUCUAACUUGUAUGUUGUCCCUAUACCAAGCUUUCCUGUCAGAAUCAGUCACUGUUUCCCUCACUCACCCCCCGCCCUCUUCAUGUAUUUCUCCCUCUCACUUUCUCUCGGCCUUUCGGUCUCUGUCUGUGUGUAACAUCUGGGUCUCAGGUGGCGACCAACAGUUGAGCUCCCAAUAUUGGUGUUGUUUUCGGUUUGUUUUACUUAAUGUUGUAAUAUUUCGUGUCAUAUAUGUACAUGGAAAUACAUUUUGGU